UCAUCGUGUGUCCUUCUUACUGACAUUUGUGGUUAUUUCGUAGUCAACAGCACACUGUAUAUGUUGUAACAGUUCUUGUAUUCCUCCUGAGGAAAAACUGAAACAGAGCAGAAGUGGGCAGGCUCCUUCAACAUGGAAGUGGUUUUCGAAGAUGGAUGCAAUUCUGCAUGCGAGACCAAGGUCCACGGCAUUCGAGUGCGGUGUUGACAGUGCCAUGAUUUCUGCAAGUGAUGAUGAAAAUGGAGCUCCUGCUGCCAGUGAGGUUGAACUUGACAGCCAAAGCAAUAGCCGUGAAGAUGACCUCCCUUCGCCUGAUCCUGAGGAACAUGAGCAAAUGCACCACCAAAGGAAGCGAAAGAGACGAGAUGCUCGCCUUGAGGACCUGGAGAAACUACUACAGCAAUCAGCAGAAAGGGGAGAGAAAGCAGCUGCACAAAGGGCUGAAAUGGCACACGAACGACAAGUCGUACUCCUCCAAGAGGAACGUGAUCACUUUAGGCAGGUCAUGGCAGACCUCAAUGGAGAGUUUAUUCAAAACUGCCAGCAGAUGAUAACAGCGUUUCAUCAUCAACAGUUAUCGUUAUUACAAAUGUAUAUGAACUCGACGCAAGACACACAGAAGGUGCAAGUGUUGCUGCAACAUUACCACGAUCACCUCUAUUCCCACUGUUCCCAUCAAAUGCACAGUUUGCACCACCAUCAUCAUAUGCUCCACAAACAGAGCAGCAGCCAAGAGGAUUCCCAUGACUGGGCUUCUGGUUUUAGGAUUGCGUUGCUAAAGUAAUUGUGCUCGUAGAGCGACAUGGUCAUUUUGUUUACCCAGCCCAAUGUUUUGAAACGCCCUGUGUGCAGUCAUAAUGCAUCACAGUGUCUGUGAUAUUAAGCACCUACAUAUACUCACUUGCAUUUCAUUUAGGCAACAUUAGUCACUGCAAAUAUUUAUCAUUAUUUUUAUUUAUGUUAUUCAAUCUUUUGUUCCCCUGUAACUUCCAAUGCUUUCGCACUUUUAUAGUGGUGUAGAGCACCACUGGAGCGCCUCGGUUGUUAAAAUCUUCUAAAAUAUGAUAUUUGUUUGCUUUUAGGCGCACUGGUGGAUAUGUUUAUGAAAAAUGUAUUUGCUAAAUAUACUGAAUGCCCAAAAUGAUGCACGGGUUGCGUGUUCAUUUUUUCAUAAUCGCAGUGCAUUGUGACCAUUCCUAGUCCUGCAUUCGAUCAACUAACCAAUCACUGCGUACUCCACCUGUUUAACCCAUGAAGAAGGGCGGUGUCUCGAGGGGAACGGGGAAUGUGGUUCAUUCAGUGUUGGACGUGUAGGCAGAGGUGGUUGUUUUACACAAUUAAGGAUAUAACAUUUUCUCUUGCAAUCACAAACAUACUUACAGGGAUUACAAUCAGUGUGCACGCCUUGCAGCAACGUAGGAACAUAAUACGUUCCGGAUACAUUCAUCCCUGGAACCCACUUGAGCUUGCCUCGUUGGUUGUGGGAACAUUUGUUGACAAGUGUUAUCUGUUGCCCACCUGUUGUGAACACGUGCAUGUGCAUGUAACUCCUAUGGGGGAUGUUGUCAAUAAUCGGGCAGCCUUGCUCACCUUGGGUUAAUUCUUUCGUUGUUUUCCUCACAGAAGUUGUGCAACAUGCACGCUGUAGCAACAAGAGUUGGGACAAACUUGUAGUACACGUCAGUGCGUUUGAGGAGGAUGCGCCAGCGGCUCUUGAGCCGACCAAAUGCAUGUUCGACGACAACCCUCCCGGAGCUGAGGCAUUCAUUGAAGUAAACCUGUCGAAAUAAGGACAAAAAAUGAGUGCCCAACUAACAGAGGA